AUGGGUUGCAAAGAAGAAGAGCUUAAUGGUGGUAGAGGUGUGGACAUGGCUAAUAAUGUAAUAUCCAUUGAAAGUUUGCCCGUAGAAAUUAUUGAAAAGAUUCUUGAGGUGUUUGAAAUAGAAUUCUUAUUCGAAUUACGGCGUCACAUCAGUUCUCUUGAGAAUAAAAUUCGGUCAGUAGAGACCUUCAUCCAUGAGAUACCUUAUUUGAUGCAUUUAUCAUUAGGCGAUAUCCUUGACAUUAAUAUCCGUAUGCCAUCAAGAAGUUUGGACGUAACGGUACCUGAAGAUGUCAGUCCCGAAAAGUUAUUAAGCAAAAUUGAUUGCUCGAUGCUUGAAAAUUUAAAGAUUGAAGACCUCAAUCUUAGGGGUCCAUCUUUUGAAGAAGAACAUUAUGGUUUUUAUGACGAUUUGUCUGGUGAAGAAGGCUAUGAGAACAAUACUAGUAGUAAUAGCGUGCGAAAGGCAAAACCCCCGUUUGUUUUCCAAAGAAUUUCCUGA